ACCCUUCCUGUACACCCGGCUACACCUCCCGGUAACCCCUUACCUGCCGCCCUGUACUGCGGCUCUGCUGUCUGCAGGGCGCAGCUCUCUAGGCUCAGGGCGGCAGAGGAACAGUUAACAGUUCUCCGUGUCAUUGAGAGCUCCUGCUAUAGCUCUGACCCCUCGCCUCCCCCAGCAGCAGCCGCGGGUCACAUAUAGGAAGCGUGCACAGAAGUCUGCAACACACACACGAAAUGGGGUCCUUAUUCUCUAGAACUAUGGAGGACAGCAUGAAAAAACAGCAGGAAAUCAUGGUGAUGAAUUCGCAACUUCAGUUGGAGCGGCAGAUCCAGAUGCAGAAUCUUAUGCGGGAAAAGCAGGUGGCCAUGCAGAUUGCCUGGACGCGGGAGUUCCUUAAGUAUUAUGGAACGUUUUUCAGUUUGACAGCACUUGGCUUGACUGCAGGGGCCAUUAAACAGAAGAAGCCAGCUCUGUUUGCCCCAAUUAUACCAUUGGGAUUUGUUUUUGCAUACCAGUAUGAUAUGGCCUAUGGUACCCUGAUUCAUAGAAUGAAAGGUACCGCUGAACAUAUUAUUGAAAAAGAAAAUCACUUCCUAGAGAUGCCACAUGGUCUACCAACUUUUGAGUUAAUUGAAAAAGCCAGAAGAGCUCAAAGAAAGUUCUUUGUAGACAAAUAGAAUGGGCGUAACGAUCGCGGAGAGAAAAGGAACUGAGUAAACAACGAUAUGACACUUGAUUUUCCGUCCUGUACUCAGGCAGAAUGUACACCGUGUCUGGGUGCUAGUUGUCUUUCCUUCUGUAAUACUGCAGUUAGCGGUACACCUGCCUGUAUCCAUGGGAGGUUAAUUGAUGACUAGAAAGCAACAAACAUUCGACUUUCUGGAGCAAAUUAAAAUGUGUGGGGUGAGGUUCCGUAAUUCAUAUUGAUGAUAACAUUUUUAUUUAGCAUUAUUAAAAUUAAAUAUUUUAAUGUAAUCCAAUGGGUUAAUGCAAUAUGUAACUGCAUUUUAUACCUGUUUUUUUUAUUAAAGAUGCAGUCACCUGAAAAAAA